GUAGAUGAGAAACGGCUCUUUUUGCAUGACUAUGGUAUUCAAGAGAUCUGAACUGUGUCAGGAAACUCGUCACUGAAGUACCCUUGGAAAACUACAGAUCCAUUUGCAGCUGUUAAGCAUAGGUAUCUCCUGAAUUCUCACUAUGUCUGAUGGGGACUAUGAUUACCUCAUAAAGUUUCUAGCACUCGGUGAUUCUGGAGUAGGAAAGACCAGCCUUCUUUACCAAUAUACGGAUGGCAAAUUUAAUUCCAAAUUUAUCACAACGGUGGGCAUUGACUUCCGGGAAAAGAGAGUGGUGUAUAGACCCAAUGGGCCAGAUGGUGUUGGUGGCAGAGGACAGAGGAUACAUCUUCAGCUCUGGGAUACUGCAGGGCAGGAAAGGUUUCGUAGCUUGACAACAGCUUUCUUCAGAGAUGCCAUGGGGUUUCUUCUUCUCUUUGAUUUGACAAAUGAGCAAAGCUUUCUGAAUGUCAGGAACUGGAUAAGUCAGCUACAAAUGCAUGCAUAUUGUGAAAACCCUGACAUUGUAUUAUGUGGAAACAAGAGUGAUCUGGAAGACCAAAGAAUGGUGAAAGAAGAAGAGGCUAAGGAACUUGCAGAAAAAUAUGGAAUACCAUAUUUUGAAACGAGUGCAGCUAAUGGGAAUAAUGUAAGCAAAGCCAUUGAAACUCUGCUUGACCUCAUAAUGAAGCGCAUGGAACGGUGUGUGGAUAAAUCCUGGAUCCCAGAAGGGGUGGUGCGCUCCAAUGGGCACAGCUCUACAGAACAACUGAAUGAGGAGCAAGAAAAAGGCAAAUGUGGCUGUUAACUCAGUUACAAUUAAGUUUAAUGUAUAUGCUAAAGUAUAGUACAGUUGCAGCUUAACUGUUUAACUUAUGGACGAAUCACAUUGUGUAGUUAUUUAAUGAGCUAUAGUAAUUCUUGAUACAAGUUUUUGGUUUUUUUCCUCUCAAACAACAUUGACCUUUGCUUGCAAGGUAUGCAGUUUAUUAGUGAUGGGACAGAGGUUUAAUUUGGUGUAGCACUGGAUAUUACUCUAAUUCUCUACUUUGGAAGGAAGGGAAGGAGAGGAAUUUUCAUUACGAAAUUCAGAAACAUCUCUCUGUAUGGGCAAUGAGAAAGGAUAGGUUACUGAAUUGAAGGAUUUUCAAUUGCCCUUUGAAGGCUCCAUUAACUACACAGACUAGGCUUUUAAAUUAGAUAUUCUGACAGCUCUUAGUCUCUGCUAACAGCAAGCUUACCAACAUGGUUCUUGGUUUUGAACAGAAACGUUUAAUCAUUUCAUCAAUCAAUAACAAUCUUAAAGAGUAAAUCUUGUGUUUUCCACAAAAGCCUGUGAGUAGCUUUUCCUUGCUCUCUCAAACUGUCAGUUUUUAGUGAUGAAAACCAAAAGAAAGCUAUUCUAUAUAGAAUAAAAAACUACAGAGAAGCAGGGGGGUGCAUAUGUAGAGCACUUUGGGUAUGUCAUGAAAUUGAACAUGUAAACUACAACUGUACUAUAUAAAAUAUAUCCAACACAGCCUAUGAGACCUCCUGACAUCAUUUGAAUUUCUAAAAUGUGCAUAUACAUAUAUUUGUAUGUAAAUGGCAUAACUGUACAUCUGUUGUUAUGUUUUGUUUAUGUUACCACUCAUGUUUUAACGGAAUGUAGGGCAACCUAGAUGUCAGCAAAAUUUCAUC